UCGUGGUUUGUAACUUUUUCGUGUCGUGAUGUUUGUGAUUUAUAAAUUUGGUUAAAUUUAAAAUAAAAACUCUUGAAGUGCAUCAUUAACCUGGGAAGUGCAUCAUUUAGCUAACAUAAUUUAGUUCAGAAUGGAUUUUCAAAAUCGACCUGGUGGUAAAACCGGCGGAGGAGGCGUAGCAUCAUGGUCGGAGAGCAAUCGAGAUCGCCGAGAAAGGUUAAGGCAACUUGCCUUAGAGACGAUCGAUUUAAAUAAAGAUCCAUAUUUUAUGAAAAAUCAUUUAGGAUCUUAUGAGUGUAAGUUAUGCCUCACUCUUCAUAAUAAUGAAGGCAGUUACUUGGCCCACACUCAGGGUAAAAAGCAUCAAGCUAAUUUAGCACGGAGGGCUGCUAAAGAAGCUAAAGAAGCACCUCAACAAUUGGCUCCUGAGAAACCCAGAAUAGAGCCCAAGAAAUUUGUUAAAAUUGGACGACCUGGUUAUAGAGUCACAAAGCAGAAAGAUCCAGAGAAUGGACAGCAAAGUUUACUAUUUCAAGUUGACUACCCAGAAAUAGCAGAAGGUGUUCAGCCUAGACAUCGCUUUAUGUCUGCAUACGAGCAGAAAAUAGAGCCCCCAGACCGCAGAUGGCAAUAUUUACUAUUUGCAGCGGAACCAUAUGAAACUAUAGCAUUUAAAGUUCCCAGUAGAGAAGUAGAGAAACAUGACUCAAAGUUCUGGACCCACUGGAAUAAAGAUACAAAGCAAUUUUUCCUGCAAUUUGCAUUUAAAAUGGAGCCCUUAAGACUGCCUCCGGCACCACCUAAGAUUUGGGAAAACCAUGGCAUUCGCUUGCCUCCACCACCUGGAGCUCAGAUGAUGGGAGUGCCACCUCCACCACCAUUAUUGCCAGUACCUCCUCCACCCCCAUCUAUGUAACCAAUAUUUUAUAAAUAUAAUACAAUAAAAUGUAUGAAAAAAAAAUUAUUUCUAUUAAUAUAAUAU